CGAUUGUUGUCCGCGCUUUGACCAACGCCGCAGCGGCCCUUCCGUUCUGGCACGUUGUCGAGAGUGAAGAGGCCACUGCGCGCGGUUCUGCGACCCGCCACCCAGGUUGACUCUCACCACCAUGGCUCCCCCUCCGCAAACGCGUACGAUCCUGCAGAACCUCGUUGACAAACACCAACCGCCUAUCAAACUGCAUACACUGCUUGAGUCCAAGCUCACGGACGAGAUCCUCGACGAGUUCUUGACGAGCGCGCCAACCCACCCGAACCCCAUCCGUAUCGGUAUCGCGCCUGCAUACAGCCCAUCCGACCAGCUCCUCGCCAUCGCCAUCGCGACCGAGUCGCGCAUCCUCGUCAUCCAGCUACAGAAGAGCAAGGGGGACACGUUGCACCGAGGGCGCGCGCUGCUACUCACCAAAGUCCUCUGUAACUCGGACUGCAUGCUAUACGCCUUCAACAUUGGCCAGCUCGCCUUAUCCCUCUUCCUCGACCAUGGCUUGCGCAUCGUUAACGGGAUCAGCAUCGAGGGCAUCUGUCCGGGAAGCCAGGAGUGCAUCAUCUCGCCUCUUGAGGCGGUCCAGUUCGCGGUCGGCGACCAGUGGCCCAUCUACGAAGACAACAUCAAGGCGGCGUUCCGAGAGAAGAUCUGGGACCCGACACCUGCUCGACAGACGCCUCUCGCCCUCAAAGCCUGGCUGGCCAGCUUCCUUCCGGCCAUCCCUGACAUCGAGGAGCGAUACAACAGUGUCAAGCGGGUUAACACAAAGGACAAGAGCGAUUCGGAGCUCGCCCAGAUCGCCCAGAUCGCGCGGGCUGAUCAGCGACUUGCGUCGCAGCGGCCGGCCACGUCCGCCAACGAGUUCAGCGCGCCGUCUGCCAAUCAAAAGAAACUCAAAGUCAGGUCUGACCGAUAUCAGACUCGGAUCCAGAAAUCAUCCGAGGUUCAAGUCACUGUUCGUGAUGAGCAUGGGGCCACAUACCAGAUCCAUGGGCAGACAGCUGACAGAGUCUUGGGUCGUGCUGCUGAGCUCAAGGCUGAGACAAGCCUUGAGGGAAAGACAGUAAUGUCUAUCACCUCUAUAGGUGCAGACAGGGCUACCAAUGCAGAGCAACAGAAGGCAUUAUAUGUCCUUGGAGCUCUGCAGGGCCAGGUCAACCUCUUUGAGAACCCUUUUCAGAAGUACAUCUGGUGCCCUGGAGAUGACUUCAGCUGGCCUGAGAGCUUUGAGUCCUCUGAGGAGGUCCCUGAUAUCACUGCCACUCUACCACUCAAUGACUCUCAGUACAGAGCUGUUCAUGACAUGCUCUCAAACACCAAUCCCACUAGAGUCACAGUGAUUCAGGGCCCUCCUGGGACUGGCAAGACAUCUGUCAUUGCAGCCUUUGUAUGCUCUGCAAUAGCUGGUGGUAGAAGGGGCAUCUGGCUGGUUGCUCAGACCAAUGUGGCUGUCAAAAACAUUGCUGAGAAGCUGGCUAAGAUUGGGUUCCUGGACUGGAAGCUCCUUGUCUCUGCAGACUUUCACCUUGGAUGGCAUGAACAUCUCUAUACAGCAGUGAACAAGAACAUCAUCAGCUCUUCUAACUUCAAAAAUGCUGGCAAGCUCCUCAAGGGCUGCCCUGUCAUCCUCUGUACACUCUCCAUGCUUUCCAAUCCUCGCAUCAAAGGUUUCACUGCCUUGUGUCCAUUGACUACCUUGGUUGUGGAUGAAGCUAGCCAAAUCUCCAUCAAUGACUACAUCCCUGCUCUUCAGCAAUUCUCUUCUAUUCGCAAAAUGUGUUUCAUAGGUGAUGAUAAACAAUUGCCACCAUUUGGGCAGGAUGAAAAUGAGGAGCUCAAGAGUAUCUUUGAGAUCCCUCAUUUGCGCUCAGAUGCCCUCAUGCUGGAAAUUCAAUACAGAAUGCCACCCCACAUUGGGGACUUCAUCUCUGAGGCUGUUUAUGAUGCUCAGCUGGCAUCUAACCCUCUUCACCCUGUCAAGAUUCCAGAGAGCUACUUUGUUGAUGUUGAAGGUGGUGAGGAAAAAAGGAAUGGCACUAGUUGGAUGAAUGCUCCUGAGAGGCAAGCAGUCCUGAAGAUUGCAGCCAAGAUGCAGGAGGAGGGCAAAGAAUAUAGGAUCAUCACUCCUUAUGAUGCCCAGCGCAGUCUCAUUGAAGAGGACAUGAAGGCAAUGGGCUUGGCCUGGCAAGACAAGUGCUUCAAUGUGGACUCCUUCCAAGGCUAGUAAUUU